AUGAGGGGAAAGAAAGCCAGGCCGAGGGCCGUCGUGACGUUAGUUAUAAGGAAGGGAAGGAAGGGAAGAAAGAGGUGCACAGAAAGAGAAAGAAGUAAUAGGACAACGUAUGGAACCCAAGGGCAAGACUACAAAAUCAAAGGGAGGUAUGCAAGGAGAGAUGGGGGCCACGCCCAAGCUGAGGGGGAGAGAAGGGGUUUGACUAAGACAGACCAGGUGUUAGAACUUUUGAGUAAGGGAGCGGCACGCGAGGGGGGGGAUGAAGAGUCUGAGACGACUGGGGGAGAGGAGGAGCGGGGACCACAGAGGAGUCCUUCAGGUAGGGAUGAGACCCCCCAGGGAACGGGAAAGGGAACCAUGGAGUACAACAGGAAUAACAAGAGGAUAGGGAAAUCACAGUCAAGCAGGGAAGCAACCACCCAAAGUCAGGAUUAG